AUUUUUUUGACCAAAUUUUUACGAUUAGUAGGGUGUGGUUUUUUCAAUUUAAGUGGAGAAUUGAGAACUGUGAGGCCUAUGUUGGUUUCGAGGAUGGAGAAAGAUCCGAAGGAGAAAUGGGAAGGGAAGGUAUCGGCGACGCUGAGAAAUGCGUUGGCGAAGCAGACAUGGGAGCUGGUGAAGGACUUCUUCAACCUUCAUAAAUGGUUCCCCACCCUGGCGACCUGCUACGGCAUCCAUGGCUCCAACGGUGAGCCUGGCUGCAUCCGAUACUGCUCUGGCUCUUCCAUCCCCUCCGACGGAGCCGAUCAACGCCUCAGCUGGUCCAAGGAAAGGCUUCUGGCCAUCGAUCACGACGAACGCACCAUCGUCUAUGAAAUCGUGGAGAGCAAUAUCGGCUUCAAUUCCUACCGCUCAACUAUGAAGGUGUCGCCCAUGGCUGCCGACGGUCACGACGGUUCUCUGAUAGAGUGGCAUUUCUCCCUUGAUCCUAUCGACGGCUGGGUAAUGCAGGAUUUGAUCGCCAAAUACGAUCUUGGCCUCCAACGCAUGGCUGCCAAAAUGGACCAUCAUAUUCAUUCUGCAAAUUCGCCCAAUGCUUAACGGCUGUUGGUUCUGCAAAUCCGUGAUUAAAACUGCUACUCUGUGCUUCUCGUCGUCCGACCAAUAAAAAUAUUUUAUGUCAGCUUAUAA